AGUCUACUAACAACAACGCAACAAUGGCUGCUGUUUUUCAUCUGAUGAACAGCUGACUAGUGGGUGCAGCUGGAGAGUAUAAAAUGUAAUUGUUUGGAAUAAUUACAGAAUUAUAUAUUAUUCAUGAAAAAUCAUAAUUAUAUAUCAUAUGUGUAAUUAUAGAAUUACAUUCUAUGCUCUCUGUAAAUUAUUCUGUGUGUAGCCUAUAAGCUUCGGUUUCGGUGAAGCCUGCCCAGCAUCAGCUUCCUGUCGAAUCACUCCCCGUUCCCCACUCCAUCAUUAAUUGGCUUGCUAACGCUAACCUUGCUUUGGUUUGCUGUGCAGUGUGCGUUCACACUGAAUCUUCUCUUAUUUUUAUUAAUUUGACAUGGUCUAGCUGUACAUCGCAGAAGCAACCGCAAAACACGUUGACCCAGUUAGCUUCAUCAUUCCUGUGAAAAACUGAACAAUAUUAGCACCUAGGUAAUUGUAUCGAUUUUUUGAUAAGGAAAUUUGUGAUAUUUUUCAAUCCGUGGCUGUAUAAGCUAAUCGUCAUGUUGUACUUGGGAACAAUAGCAGUUUUACUGCUCAUAACUGCAGCCCUUAUGAUUAAAAUGGAAUCUGCCAACUCUGCCGAGAAGGAUAAUACUGAUUACAGAAGACUGCAAACCAUAUUUUUGUUGGCCUUUCAGUUAGCAAGUUUUUCAGACUGGCUACAAGGGCCAUAUAUUUACGAACUAUAUCACGACUACGGCUACGACGAGGACAUGAUUGCCGUCCUCUACAUAACUGGAUUUGCUUCGAGCUCUCUGUUUGGAACACUUGUUGGCUAUCUUGCUGACAAAUUCGGACGAAAACCACUGUGCAUGGCGUACGGCAUUCUCUACUCGAUAUGCUGUCUGACCAAGCUGUCAGCUAACUUCUACGUGCUGAUGAUCGGGAGGGUCUUCGGCGGAAUAUCGACGUCCAUCUUGUUCAGUGCAUUCGAAGCGUGGUAUGUGAACGAACACGUCAAUUUCUUCAAUUUGCCCGACGAGUGGCUGCACCUGACAUUCAGCAAAGCAAAUAUCUUUUCAGGGCUGCUGGCUAUUGUAGCCGGCUUCGUGGCCGAUUCUCUCGUCAAAUUGCUGAAUCUUAGCUCAGUGGCUCCCUUUAUUGCCGCCAUUCCCUUCCUACUUAUUUCAUCCUACUGCAUCUUUUCAAUGUGGACAGAGCACACUCAUGCUGAUAGUGAAGAUGAUGACCAAUGCUUUGUUCUCUCCUCCUUGAAAUACAUGUUCUGUGAGGAUAGAAUGCUUCUGCUUCUUGGCUUCAUCCAGUCCGCUUUUGAAUCUGUCAUGUAUAUUUUCAUAUUUUCAUGGACACCAGUUCUCUCAAGUCUGAAACCGCCUUUGGGUUUGGUCUUUGCAAUUUUCAUGAUGGCUUACAUGUUGGGAUCCAGAUUCUACAAUUUGUUCACAACCAAGCGUUUCCGGCCAGAAUUACUGUUAUUAUUAACAUGCGAGUUCGCUCUGUUAUGUUUUGUUAUCAUCACGUUACUGUCCUUGUGUAUUUAUUUUCUAGACUGGCAAGAUGUCAAAAUAUCUACUAUCAUAUGCUACAUAUGUUUUAUACUUUAUGAAGUCUCUAUUGGCAUGUACUAUCCCGUUAUUGGGUACUUGAGAGGCCGCGUUAUCCAGGAAAAAUACCGAACCAGUGUUACGAAUUGGUUCAGAUUCCCAAUGAACGUAUUCACUUGUCUUGUUUUGGUAGCUUCUUUUGGAUCUCAAUCUGAUAAUGGUAAAGGAUUUGUACACGGCAAAAAAUUCCCCAUAAUUUUUAGUACUUGCUCGAUCCUUCUCUUUGCAAUGACAGUUGCUUGCGCUAUCUUUUGUCGAAAAUUCUCUCAGAGGUAUCACGUUAAACCAGUUGUGGCCAUGGAAAACAUGGAUCCCAUGGCGACCUUGAAAAGUAUAAAGCGAUCCGAUUCUAUUGAGUUUUAAUGGAAUAGUAUGAAAGAAUGGUGUUACAUCAAAAUUGACCUUGAGAAGUAUGAAGAUUCUUAUUCAAUUGUAGGAAUAGUAAGAAAGAACGGUGUUAAAUGAAAACUUUGAAUGUAACAUUCAUUCACUUGUUGUAAAUAAUAUUUUUUAAUCGUAUAUUGUUGUUGAAAAUUCAUAUAUAUUAUUCGAGCUGAUUGAGGGUGGUGAUUUCUGAUAUAUGUGAUAAAAUAUUGUGAAGGCUGAAGAUGUUGAAAAACCUGCUGAUUUUAAAUACUCGGAUGGAAGUACCUAGUGUUUUAGGUGCCUAUCAAUAUUGUGGUACCAUUCAUUUGAUAGAAAUGUGUUGGCAGUUAUAAUUGAAGAAGCCUAUCCCGUGCCUGAAGUUUAUGUAAAAUAAGAGUUCUGUAAAAGCAGUAUCUAAGCCAGAGUUUUUUAAUAAUUGUAUUGUAUGACAAGUUUUACUCAAUUUCGUGAACAGUAUGGAUUUGUAAGUUGCCAGAAGUUAACUUAAACCAGAAGUGUUUUAUGUGUUAUGAGUAAAAUCUUGAUUUAUAUAUAUUUAUCUUUUCAAGUCGUUAUUGCAACUGUGAUAGUACUUACGUUUUAGUAUGUAUUUAUUUAUAAUCACUAAUCAUUUCUAGGAUUUGCUGAGUUUUUGUAAUCAUCUCCAUAUGUUACAGAUUGAUUUAGGUUUCCAUAUUAAGGCAGCUACUGAAAAAAACUAAUAUUCAAAGAACAUGAAAGUCUCGACAGCAUGUUGAUACUUGUUCAAUUCAGUUGAUUUGUGGAGAUCUUUUAAAUAUAGUUUUUUUAAUGUUCUGGUCUUAGCAUUAUUCAGAAAAAAAGGUUUGAUUUGAUAUAUACUGGAGAUUCCAGUUGGUCAACUGAUAAUUUGAAAUUUAUUUUGAUUUUAUCAUUAUUUUACUGAUUAGUACUAGGCUACUUUAUUCGUUCCUAUUAUUUUCAUUAUUUUAUUUACAAUUGAAUAUUGAGAUAAGUUCAUUGUCCAAUUAAUUAUUUAUUUUUUACUGAUUAAUUAUACCUUAUGUGUUAUUUUAUCCGUUCCUUUUAUUUUAAUGUUAGUAUUUGAAAGUUUUUUAUUGAGAUGAGUUCAUUGUCUAAUUACUUUUUUAUUGUAUUCUUCAUUCAGCUGUUUUAUAUAUACUGUAGUUAAUUAUUCAUAAAGUGAUUUUUCUUUAUGUGAUAGAACGUGAUUGUCGUGAAGAGUGCGUUCAUAACGUUAUAAAUGGCUGUCCAUGUCUAAAUAGUUGGACAUGAUCAUUUUAUUUUUAAGAGAAUUUUAUAAAAAUUGAGUAUUUUCUAUUUCAGUAUUAUAUCUGUGUGCCAAAAAGCUUCUAUUUUUAGUACUUGAACACUUGAAAAUGUUUGAGUUUGUAUUAACUUUGUUUUAAAAGUGGCAAUAUAAACACAUUCUAGUACUAUGUAUUAUGUAAUUAGAUUAUUUUCAUUCAAUGAAUGUGCACUUUUAAUAUUAUAUUUAUUCGCAUCUCUAAGAUGGUAUAUCAAGAUCGUUCUAAGAUCUUUCUCAGUAAGAUUAACUUGCUUGUUUAAAUAAUCGAAAUUUUUAUCAUGACUUUUUGUACUUUAUUAAUGUUCGAAGUUUGUAGUACCUAAGAAUUAUUUUGCUUUUUUAUUCCAUUUUUGUAUUAUAUUAUUAAGGUUGUGUAAAAUAAAAUAAACUAAUAAAAUUGAAUAUCAAAUUGAAAAAGUUUCAUCUGGAAAACAUUUUUUUCCGAUCAUUACUUUUUUAGAUAUGAGCGCCUAAAGUUCAAAUUUUUGGGACAGAACAUUUCAAAUUCAGUAAGAGAUAGGUCCAUGAGAUUCAGAGGAUAAAUUCUUCACGGUAUUGUUGAUUAAAUAGAACCAAAACUUUCUGAAAACAUCAUUUUUGGGAAAGUUAUUUAAUUUACCAAAAAUAACUCAACUAAAAGUUAUUUUUGGAAAUUUUUAGUUAAUUGAAUAACUUUCUCAAAAAUUGAUAUUUUUAGAAAAUUUUUGUUUUAUUCAAUCAACAAUACCUAGAAGAAUAUUUAUCCUCUAAAUCGCAUGGAUUUAUCUCUUACCAAAUUUGAAAUGUUCUGUCCCAAAAAUUUAAACUAUAGGCGCUCAUAUCUCAAAAAGUAAUGAUCGGGGAAAAAUGUUUUCCUGAGAAAACUUUGAAAUAUAUCACUAAUAGAAAGUUUAUUUUUAUCCUUUGCACAGCCUUAACUAUUGCUCUCUUGAUUCAAUAGUGAUUAACAAAUUAGCAGGAUUAUUAUUAAACCCUGUCUUUCAUUGGAUCAAUUCACGCUGAAAAUCAAAAAUACUAUUCACAAUUUGUUACUAUUGCUAGUCCCAAAUUCCUCAUAACUAAAUAUCAGUUCCUAAUAUUAUUUUUAAGUUGAAUAAUUCUUAAAGUAAGAUUCUUAAUGUAAUUCAUUAUUUGAGGUACCGUAGCGAUAAAGCACAAUGUUUUAUCCUAGAAUGAAAUGAAAUAAUUUGACUAAGCUAAAUGCGUAAUACUGUACAAGCAAUAAAGUUUUACAUUAAGAGAAGUAGUAAUUGUUCAUUAUGAAACAGUCUACUCAAAUAAUCAGAAUCAAUCUUGUUUCUCGUUGUUGUAAUUUAUAGCGAUUUAUUUAUCUAAAAUCUUUCAAGAAGUGAAUUUAUUUAUGAAUAACUUACCUAGAAGAAUGUUUACGGUCUUACAAACUUUUGAAUACUAUCCAUCAAAGUACAUAAAUAUUCAAUUUCAAUUAAAUGUUAUUUUUAAGUAAGUUUAAGUUCUUUUAAACCAUACAGUUAGCCAACGUUUUAAAAUGUUUGAUUUUUAACUUGUGCUUUUCCGAUGUGAAGAUGGAUUGUUGAUAAAAAGGCUGUUUUUCAAGUUAAUAGUUAUAUUUUUGUAAUUUUAUAAGUUGUUUUAUAUUAUCUACGAUUUUAAUUGGACUUUAUAUGUGUUUUGUAAAAUCUCG